AUGUUCGCGUUACUGUGCACCCUCAUCGUCUUCCUCCACUACCACAUCUCUCUCCUCCUCCAACCAACCUCCCUCCAACAAACCAUCAGAUCACUCCUCCGCAAAAGACUUCCUCGCAAUCAAAACAACCCACAUCACCAUCUCCACAACCGUCAAAAUCAGCCUCCAGAUCCUCCACCGAUCCCACCUCCAGACGCUAUAGACGUCCCAUCGAUCUACGAAGCUACAGAACAAUCACGAGUUCGACGUCAAACCGUUCCAAUACCUCCAAGAACGCGUAUCAAUAUGGCCAGAAGAUUUAUGCCAUGGGAUGGCUCCCUUCCGACGCGAAUGCUCCAUUCGCAAGAAGUCUUCGACGAAGCCGAUCACGAACUUCCUAAAGUAAAACACUGGCUACACAAAUCUUCUCAUCGUCCCGUCAUCAAAAACCCGUUUGGACCAGGGUAUCAAGACUCCGAACAACCACCGUUCGAGUUUCCACAUCCAUACCCUCAAGCACUUCGUCACGAUGUCUCAGGGUUCCGUCGAAUCCUACCAUUAUCGGCCCUCUUUCAAACCCAACUGGGAACCAUCGUCAUCCCACGACAUCAUAACACCGCCGAUUUUCUCUUGAUAGUCACUCACACGGACACCUCCACGAUCCCACCAACGGGUCCGUCGGCGCUUCUCGCCAGAUUCUUAGUUUGUUCAAGAACAGUCCUUCACUACAUCCCCUCAAUCAGGGGUCAAGCAUCCCAUCAAUCCAACUUCCAUGACGGCCAAAGACUUAACCUUCCAGACGGUACAAACCGUAUCUACCCAUUCUUCCUCUUCAAAAUGCCACAAACGGAUCUAACAUCCCUUUGGAUAAUCCUCACAAUCAUCCAUCAACGAUUCCCAACAGCUUGGUCAACCCUAGACCUCCCACUCCCACUUCUAUUUAACAUCUGCAAAACAAUGGAUAUCCUGGAAAUAUCGGGUACAAGCACGGUCAAUCUACUUCGCCAAAAACUCUUAUACACUCUCAACCGUCACGCAGAGUUAUUCCAUCCGCAAGCUUCAAACACUCCAGAUGUAGCAAUGUGGGUUUACAUCGCGAAAACAUUUUCAAUCCCCACAAACUUCUCGGCACUGUGGGCUCACCUGAUAAUCUCGACCUGGCGCUUCACUUCCUCAUCUCAUGCCGUGGACCGCUAUACGCCUCCACCACCACAUCACACUUCCACAAACUUUAAAUAUGGGAAUUGGUACUGGAUUUCCCAUCUCCCAGAAUCGCUCCGUGCGGCGCUCCAAGAGGAUCGUACGCGAUUUCUAAACAAGAUGUUAACGCCAUGGUCUAACUUCCGCUCUAUCUACCACUUACCCUCCCAAUCAGCCGCAUCAGCGGCUACAAUCUUAACUUUAAACAGUGACAUCGACGGAUCAGCAUUGGACCUCAAGGACCAUAUUCUAGGCUACGCGGACCAGGUCCUAGCAUACCACAAUACGCGUAGUCUAAUGAUGAACCACCCAAAUAGACCGCUAAACCCGCGAAUAAUGUCCGACAUAACAAGAUUGAAGUCUACGGUCCAAGAUUGUUUCUCUCAAAUCCCUACGAGGGAUAUAAACAACAACCUCAUAACAAUCUCCCACCAAGACCUAGAACUCCCGGGGAACUUCCAAGCACCACUAUACCCACCCCUCCAAACGCCACCAGAACUGGACGACCUCUCCUCCCGCCUCGAACCCACAAUCUUCACCUACCAAUCCGGCGCAAACUACAAUUUAAUCUACUGGCGCAACUCCCCCCCUUCGAGCUCCCUCCUCCCGGGCAAAACCAGAUUGUUUGGGUAUACCAUCCCAACAAUCUGGAUCUUUGGGUUACUAACCCAAUUCUACAUCGAACUCUCUUCCCUCUUUGCCUCCCUCCGAUUCGCAUCUCUGGAUCUAAGAUCCACCCUCUGGCUCCUCCUCUGCGUCUACUACCUCCACCGCUCCACCAUAAUGGCCUACCACGCCAUCCGCCAAAGAUCAGCACAACGACAAAGGGACGACGAAGUCCUGGAGUCGUUUGCUGAAAACUACAAUUGGUCGAUGGACGACUCCUUCUCCGCCCCGGGAUCCGUGAAUCCCAAGGGCACUCCCGCAAGGAUAGGUCCGGAUUGGAGGAGGUUUACUCCUCUGGAAAACUUUCCGGACAACACCUACCUUGCGGUGAGGAAGGAGAUGGUUGUCAACCAGUUUAGGGCGGAGAGGGCAAGGAGGUGGGCGAAGGAGGGGAGGGAUAGGUGGGGACGGUUACCAACCGAUGAGGGGUUUGGUGUACCUCCCCCUGGCCCUGGGGAUGGUAAGGAGGAGGGUUCUGGCGAGGGAGGGGAUAACCCUGCCCAAGAGGAGGAGGAGGAGGAGGAGUUCCAGACGAGUGGCUGGAACAGGGAGGGGGGGUAUGGGCUAUUUGACUAG